CUCGAGGGGUUUGAAGUAUAAUUUGAGCCACCUUUUGAUUGGUAUGCUUGUAGGUGAGCGGUGGAUUGAUUAGAGAGUACAAAGGAAAAGCGCUUUAACAGCAUGAUGGACGUUCACUCAUUUUCACAAACUCCUCUCCUGUUCCUGACAUUCCUCCAGCAAAGACCUCUGAACAGUGAGCUACAGAGGGAGCUAGAGAAUCUGCAUUGUGACAUGAAACUCCGUGCAGCUCCGACUGGAAUAACUGACCAUACAGUGUAUACCCAGAACCAUGACUUUGACUCCAACAUUGAAUGUGAUGGCGAGCUGCAAACAGACGGACAUUCAGUUCAAAGAAUUGUGCUACACGAUGUUCCUCAAGUUGAGCUUGUAUUACCAGUGCCUGUUGACGAAGCGCACGCGGUACGGGAGGUGGCUGCCGAACUUGUUAGAAUGGCAGAUGAAUUAAAUCACAUCAUUGUCUCUCAAGCUGCUGAGCGUCUGACCAAGACACUUAGCACUUCUCCUCAAAAGUGUUUGUGGAGCUGUUUGUCUCAGGGUGUCGACACCUUACUCAAAGACGUGCCUGGUGUGCACAGUGAGCGAAUGGUGAUGGCGCUCACCUUCUCCCUGGCGAGGGCAGUCUGUGAACGUGCGCCUCGUCUGCUUCGUGACCUCUGUAACACCAUGAUGCAAUACACCUUCACGAAUACUCCUAGUUGACUCGUUUCAUUUACACCGAAGUGUAACCUACAUCCUAAGGUUACUGUUGCUUGUUUUUUGUUUUCAUCUGUGAUAAAUGUUUACUUGUUUCUUAGUAGAAGAAAGAAAUACAUGAUUGUUGUUUUCGGUUCAUUUUUGUCUGUUUUAUCAGUGAAUCGAUUUGGGAUGUUUUGAAUUUGUUGUGUAAAUAAACACAAAAAUGCAUGAACUUUGACAUCUCCCACUAAAGGUAUUGUAAGUCAUAAUACACUCUACCCACAAGUAUGCUUUUUUUUGGUGUGUUUUGGCACAUGGAACUGAGCCAUUGGGGAAUAUCUGGCUGUGCUCUCCACAUGGGAUGGGAUGGCAAACUCUGUCAGUCACGGUAACACUAAACAGUUAUGGGCGUCAGUGAGGUCAUGUAUUCAGAAGAGGCCGGAUAACGCUUUCCUCCAAGUGUGUUCUCGUGGCCGGUGAGACAGUAUGAGCAGCAGAAAAGAUGUGAUUGGCUGGUUUCACGUCUCGGAGGAAGCAUGUGUUAGCCCUCACCCUCGGAUGGUACCUGUGAUAUGUUCAAGGAGAGACUGCUGUUUGGUGGGAACUGGCAGGUGGAAUCACUGACCCCUCUCCGUACAGAUUAAUUAUAUCAAAUUUAAAAGAUUUUUUUUAUGGUAUAAAAAUAGUUUAGCUAGAGAGGGUUUUUUAUUGUCUAACUGUACAUCCAUAGAACCCAUUUUAUUAAAAUUAAUUAGUUGAUAUUUAUAAUAACUGAUAACUUAUGUAUUCUACAGUGAUUUCCACCACUGUAACAAAAAUAUAAAACCAUGGAGCAUCCUGGUUAUAUUUACCCCCAGGCCACACUUUGAGACCUGAGAGUCUAUAAAACUCCAUGUUAGACACAUAGAUCAGAGAUUCACAAUCUAGGAUUCACUGAUUUACAAAUAGGGAGAAUUAUUUAUUUUUUUAAUUCAUUUUUGUCACAAAUCAAUUAAUUAUUGCUUUAACUACAAAGAAGAAUUUUGUGUAUUACCAUUUUGGAAUGUUACUGGUGUGUGUGUACCAUUUUAGCCUUUUCACUAGCCUGACUUGUUGCACUAGUAUAGGAAUUCAGCAAUAAAAAUGGGCACAUUUCCUUAUACAUCUACCUAAACCUGACCAGACAGAUGUUUUGACCCUUACGUGCCGUCUACUGAAUGUCGCCUUUAAUCCUCCAGGUGUACAUUAGACAUACAGAAGAGUAUGUGAACAAUGCCACUGCUUCUGCAUGUAAAGUCAGGCAUCAAGUACAAACCAGACCUAUGUGCUGUGCAUCAGGCCGUAUCACAUGACCCCAGUAUGGAUUAUUUUUCUUAAAAAUAGGCUUGGGUUCUCAAACAAUUCCUAAUGUCCACUUGGGGUUGUAGAUGUAAAAUUUCUAAAUAAAGAAUAUAGCCUUUACAUUUUUUUUGUU